UUUCUUUUUAAUUUUCCGCUUUAAAUGUAGGAUUUUGGAUCGGGAACGUAAACCGCGACGAUGCGUCUUCGGGAUCUUUAGGAAGACUCACGUAUGCGGCGGUUUCCAUUCGCGAUUUUUGGCACCUAAUUGAAUGUAAUGUGUUACGUUAAUUUAGUUUGUUAAGAUGUUCUUCUGCUUUAUCAAACAUCUAAGAACCAAAACUGGCAGUACACACAGGCAGAGAUCUGUUUGAUUAUAGUUUAUUUACAUGGCAGAAGUACACGCAAAUGCGAACAUGGCAGAAAUAUUCAAAGAUCUAGAAUCGAACGACAAAAAAACUGUGGAAGAUGCGAAACAAGAGCUUCGUCAACUCUUCAAAAAUGUUAGUGAAUCUUGGCUGCUAAAUGGACUGUAUGAGUACUACAUUAGGACAAACAGUGUGAGAAGUAUGGAUGUAUUGGUCAAUAUCAAAGAACCACAUCACACAUUUCUGUUUGAAAAGCUGUGUGACUCCCUAAAAUCUUCUGAAAUGAAAAUCCAAGCUCUUACAUUAUUGGGACAUGUUGCCAGGGCUCAGCCCACUUGGUUAUAUACUUUACCAGAUCAUCCUUUAUUCAAGGAUGUUUUGAAAUUGUUAAAGGCUGAAUUGGAUUUAUUGCCAUUGAUAAGUGCCCUUCUUCUCGUAAUAGUUUUGUUACCUGCUUUUCCAACGAAAAUGGCGCAUUAUUUACAAGAUCUUUUUGAAAUAUUCAGCCGUUUGGCUGCUUGGAAUUGUAGUCCAGGAAAAUUCGAGGAGGAUCAAAUGAUCCACAUGCAGGUCGCCCUGUUCGCCUUAUUCUUAAGACUGUACGGAAUGUAUCCGUGCAACUUCUUACACUACCUGAGAUUGAAUCACAGCAGGGAGAAGAACAAUCCUGUGUUUGUGCAUACCAUCAAGCCUAUGUUAAGUUCAGUGAAAAUGAACCCUACUUUAGUGACGGCCAACCGGGACAACGAAACUUCUAAUGAAAGGUGGCGUAAAAUGGAGAUGCACGAUGUGAUCGUGGAGUGUGAACGUUUCUCCCUCGACAUGACCGACCGAUGUUCGCAUGACAACUGCCAACUGACCAAUUUGGCUGCGGCUGGCUUUCGUUCCCGUUCCGGCACCUCCAAUUCGACCACGACGUCCGCCGCAUGCCGACUAGAGGAUCUGUCUCGGCUCGAAAGAGUCUCAUCGUCCCACCUAACCGACACCAACAAUGGUUUUUUUACGCCAAGUCGGUUGUUCCCCGUGAAAACGCCACCCAUAAUCGAAGCUAGCGCCCCCACACCCAUACCACCUCACGUAGGCCAAACGAUCAGCGCCGUUUUCCCAUCGCAGGAAGGAACGUCACCUCCGGAGGCGGCCAUCGAAGCGACGCCCGAGACGACGCCCAUUAGGGACUUUCAUCUAACUCCCGGACGGAAUCCGCCGUUAAAUUCGACUGCGGUUCGCGCCCUCACCAACUUCAAGGCACCAGGCGGCUCGUCGUUGCACACGACGCCGACGCACUCUCAGCCAUCGUCGCCGAUGCGCAAAGACGUGGUCGCUUCGGCCUUCAAUUUUCCUGAGUCGCGCCUCAAACGGGACCAGGUCAUGCCGGUGGCUGCGCAGAAGCUCAGUCGGUUGACGCAGGACAGAUUGCAUUGCUACGAUUCGUUUGAGGCGCGCUCACCCACCAGUCCUCUGCACAUUGGGGCGGGCAGGGAGGAGGCGAAACGAACCGAGUCGCCGAUCAGCCAGGAAGAUGAGGAGGUGUGCACCAUCGUGAGCAAGCACGACGCUUCGGCUCCGAGGCAGUUGAAUAGGCAGUGUGACAGCGUGCUACACGAGUAUGAUGACACUCCAGAAACAUUAGGUGAAGAACAGGGCUCACCAUGUGCCGCAGGCGGCCUCCACAUCCCCAACUCUAAGUCAAUGAUGUCGUUCGCGCACCAAAUCAGCCGCCUGCGCUACUACAGCCAGUGUAACACAGAACCAGAGAGGAUCGAGUCACCUACUGGAAGCACACCCGGAAACGGUUUUUUUGUUGCGUCCGAUUCGACAGGCGGCAUCGGUUUUCCGGAGAGUACGACCGUCCGCCGCACUAAUUCCUGUCCGAACAUGAAGAAGAGCCAAGGCGCCGUUGCACCGUUCAAGGACGGCCUCGACGACACUCUGGUCGAGACCGACGAGGACGCGGCGUCCGCCUCUAGAGCCGUGAAUGGUCUCACCGACGCGCGACGCACCGUCGUCUCGGUGUCGUGCACCACGCAGACGGAGAGUUUUUGGCCUUAUCAGUUCCUCUUUCUCAGCAUCUUUCCGUCACUGGACUGUCCCAAGUCGAGCCCGCCCGGAGCGUCCAGUCCGGCGCCGCCGCCUCCACCCUUCGACCAGGAGCGAUACUCGACGUCUCAGUCGCCUUCCAUCUACGACAUUCUUGAUCGUUACGUCGAGACGGCGGUCCAGAGUGGCGAGCGCGAGUCGCUCGCCUACUUCAAAGAGCAGCUUCAGCUGGUGCACCAGCAGCUUAUGUUCGAGCGUCACCGCAGGGAGACGCACGCCUAUCGUAACAGACGACUACUGUCGGAUGCGAAAAGCACGAGACUCUUGGAGGAGUGCAAUUCAGCUCUGCGUGAUCAAGUUCAAGUGAAGCAGACCGAAAUAGAAAACUUACGAGAACAACUGGCUCGUCUCUGUGCCGAACGCGCCGAAGACGAUCGGCAGCUGAGUGCUAAGCUGCGGUCAUGCGAGUCUCAGCUUCAUAAUUUUGAAAGUGAGUGCAGGUCAUUGAGGGAGUCGAACGCCGCUCUACGGGCCGAACUGACCACGUUCAGAAACAAGUACGGAGCUCUGGAUACCGAUAAGCAACAAGUGGAAGCACAGUUGCUGGAUGCGGUGGCUGAGGCGAAUGUGGCCAAGGAGCUGGCACGAGCUGGAGAGAGAGGUCGAUCAGAACUGGAGAAUGUCAACAGGGAGCUACUGCUGAUGGGAGAGCUCCACGUCAAGUUCAGGGAGCGACUGGAACGUGUGGCUGCAAUGAGCGAGACGGAGGAAGAGUUGCGGAUGACGAGGGAGUCAUAUAUGCAUGAGAUCAAAGAAGUGAAAGACAGAUUGGAGUCGACGAAAUGCCUUCUAAAUGCGCACCGAGAACGUCUUAGUGAGCUAGAACAGAAGCUAAAGACCAAGGAUAAUCUCAUAUCGCAGCAAAAACAACAAAUGGCGGGCAUGGCUGAGGAAAAUCGCUGUAAAAUACAGGCGGUGGAGAGCAAAUACCAGACGCAGCUACGGAUAAAUCUUGCGCUUGAAGAACGACUGUUGGAGGCGAGACAGCUGAGAGGUCGCCACGCCAACUCACCGGACACGAGCAGCUGCCACGAAGCAAACACAACCACCACCGCCACUGAUAGGACACAGGGAGGUUGUGCCGGGGCCAGUGGUGCGGGGGCGCUCAGUGCCCACUCGUCACCUUUAAGCGCAUCACUCGCCUCGUCUGAAGGCAGCGUCGCCUUUCACGAAACACGAGAACUCAAAAACCUUCAGGCUCUCGUCGACCAAAAAGAGGGAAACAGAUCCAAGGCGGACGACUCGCCGACGACGGACGUGUCCUUGGGUGAGGCGGACGCACAGGGCGCCUCCUCAUCAUCGUCCACCUCCAAACAUGACUGAUUUUUUCAAUAUUAUUACUAUUAUAAUUAUUACUACUACAAACGUAUUUCCUAGAACCAAGGUUAAACUUUUAAGAGUAACGGCAUUCAUAUUAUACCCCCACUUAUGCUUCAAAAUAAUAAAAGAAAAAAAGAUAAAUAAGAUUUAAGCUAAAUGAAACCGAUUCCAAUGUAGCUGCGGAACUACGUCGAGAAAAGUACACAUAUUAACAUCUCAAUUCAAAUACUCAGGUUGUAAAUUUUGACGGUUUUGGUACUUGUGCUCUGUUGCGUUCAGUAUUAACAAAAUUCACGAGCGAAUAUCUGUAUAACACAAUCUGGAUCUGUUUUUAUAAAGGAAAAAAUCGAAAGGUAAAAACGAGAAAUAUAUUUUUUUUUUCGAAACGUUGGAUAAAUGUAUGACCAAGAAGUGGUGAACUUCUACUUUCAAAAUUUGUGAUGGUUUUAUCAUAACGAACUACUGUUAUGGCAAUUAUUGUUAUAUUGAAUUGAUUUGAAAGUUAUUUUUAUUAAAUGUGUUAAUCAUUA